UAGGCUUUAUUUUUGUGCAAACAUUAAAGAGAGAAGAUGUUUGGGAAGGUUGAGCAUGAACUAGAGCUUGAGGUGGCAGCAUGUGAAGCAUGGAAGCUGUUUGGGACACUUGAGAUUGCAAAAUUUGUUGAGAAAGAGAUGCCACAAAUCUUUCAGAAGGUGGAGUUGACUGAAGGAGAUGGUGCUCUUGGAACUGUUCUCAAACUAACUUUUGUUCCAGGCAUUCCGGGGCCACCAAGUUACAAGGAGAAGUUCACAAAGAUUGAUAAUGAGAAACGCAUAAAGGAAACAGAGGUAGUUGAAGGUGGGUACUUGGAGUUAGGGUUCACUCUAUUUAGGGUUAGAUUUGAAGUGAUUGAAAAAGGUGAAGAUUCAAGCAUAAUCAAAUCCACAAUUGAGUAUGAACUCAAAGAAGAUCAUGCUGCUAAUGAAUCACUUGUUUCCACUCAGAUACUUGCAAAUAUUGCUGAACUUGCAAAGAAUUAUCUCAACAAAAACAAGGCUCCAAAAUAAGCUUAGCACAAAUAUCUCAAUAAAAUAAUUAUUAAGAUGUUUCUCCCUCAUUAAGUUAUAUUAUUGUGUUUUAUUUUUGAGAUUGAGAGACACCUAUGCUAUUAAA